CCGCCUCUCCGAUUGGCUGAGGUGCUAGCCGGGCGGAAUUUCCGAUUGGUCAGCGCACACUGUUGUUAGGCAGGUGAGGCAGUGCGGAGCAGAGCUUCCUCUUCCGAUGAGUCGGCUCUGAGGUUCAGUCAGCGCGAAGCAUCCUCAAUUGCUGCUACUGCCGCGAGCCUGCCCGAGACCCGCCGUCGCCCGCCCUGAGGAGCCGCCGCCGGCCGCCUCCCUUCGUCCCUGUCACCCCCCAGCGCCAUGGCCUCAGGAUCCGAUUCUAAAGCGGAUGACUUAUCGACUGCUAUUCUGAAGCAGAAGAACAGGCCCAAUCGGUUAAUUGUUGAUGAAGCCAUCAAUGAAGACAACAGUGUUGUGUCACUGUCCCAGGCAAAAAUGGAUGAAUUGCAACUGUUCAGAGGAGACACUGUCCUGUUAAAAGGAAAGAAGAGGAGAGAAGCGGUCUGCAUUGUUCUGUCAGAUGAUACCUGCUCAGAUGAGAAGAUUCGCAUGAAUAGGGUUGUUCGCAACAACCUGAGAGUGCGCCUGGGUGACGUGAUCAGCAUCCAGCCUUGCCCAGAUGUGAAAUACGGCAAACGUAUCCAUGUGCUGCCAAUUGAUGACACGGUAGAAGGGAUCACAGGGAAUCUGUUUGAGGUCUAUCUCAAGCCAUACUUCCUGGAAGCAUACAGACCCAUCAGGAAAGGUGACAUCUUCUUGGUGCGUGGAGGGAUGCGUGCAGUGGAGUUCAAAGUGGUGGAGACAGAUCCAAGUCCUUACUGCAUAGUGGCUCCGGACACAGUGAUCCAUUGUGAAGGAGAGCCUAUCAAACGAGAGGAUGAAGAAGAGUCACUGAAUGAAGUGGGCUAUGAUGACAUUGGUGGCUGCCGGAAGCAGCUGGCUCAAAUCAAAGAGAUGGUGGAACUUCCCCUCCGACACCCUGCGCUCUUCAAGGCCAUAGGGGUGAAGCCUCCACGUGGGAUCCUGCUGUAUGGUCCUCCUGGCACUGGUAAAACACUGAUUGCCCGAGCGGUGGCCAAUGAAACAGGGGCUUUCUUCUUCCUGAUCAAUGGUCCUGAGAUCAUGAGCAAGCUGGCUGGUGAGUCUGAGAGCAACCUGAGGAAAGCCUUUGAAGAAGCAGAGAAGAACGCUCCUGCCAUCAUCUUCAUUGAUGAACUGGAUGCCAUUGCUCCUAAGAGAGAGAAGACACAUGGAGAGGUGGAACGUCGCAUAGUGUCUCAGCUGUUGACUCUUAUGGAUGGACUGAAACAGAGGGCACACGUGAUUGUUAUGGCAGCUACCAACAGACCUAACAGCAUUGACCCAGCACUCAGGCGAUUUGGUCGUUUUGACAGAGAGGUAGAUAUCGGUAUCCCAGAUGCCACCGGGCGCCUGGAGAUCCUGCAGAUCCACACAAAAAAUAUGAAACUGGCUGAUGAUGUGGAUCUGGAACAGGUGGCAAAUGAGACCCAUGGCCAUGUUGGUGCUGACUUGGCUGCUCUUUGCUCAGAAGCUGCUCUUCAGGCUAUCAGAAAGAAGAUGGAUCUCAUAGACCUAGAAGAUGAAACCAUUGAUGCUGAAGUGAUGAACUCGCUGGCUGUGACCAUGGAUGACUUCAGGUGGGCUCUGAGCCAGAGCAACCCUUCUGCUCUUCGGGAGACUGUGGUGGAGGUGCCACAAGUUACCUGGGAAGAUAUUGGUGGUCUAGAAGAUGUAAAGAGAGAACUCCAGGAACUUGUACAGUAUCCUGUGGAGCACCCAGACAAGUUCCUCAAAUUUGGCAUGACCCCAUCAAAAGGGGUUCUGUUCUAUGGGCCACCCGGUUGUGGUAAGACACUUCUAGCCAAAGCCAUUGCCAAUGAAUGCCAGGCAAACUUCAUUUCCAUCAAGGGGCCAGAAUUGCUCACCAUGUGGUUUGGCGAGUCUGAAGCCAACGUGCGCGAGAUCUUUGACAAGGCCCGCCAAGCAGCCCCUUGUGUGCUCUUCUUUGAUGAGCUGGACUCCAUUGCAAAGGCUCGAGGUGGGAAUAUCGGAGAUGGUGGUGGUGCUGCAGACCGUGUCAUCAACCAGAUCCUGACAGAGAUGGACGGCAUGUCCACCAAGAAAAACGUCUUCAUCAUCGGUGCCACCAACAGGCCAGACAUCAUUGACCCAGCCAUCUUGCGUCCCGGCCGCCUGGAUCAACUCAUCUACAUCCCCCUGCCUGAUGAGAAGUCCCGGGUUGCUAUUCUUAAGGCCAACCUGAGGAAAUCACCAGUUGCCAAGGAUGUCGACUUGGAUUUCCUAGCUAAGAUGACCAAUGGCUUUUCGGGGGCUGACCUGACAGAAAUUUGCCAGCGUGCCUGCAAACUGGCCAUCCGUGAGUCCAUUGAGAGUGAGAUCAGGCGAGAACGUGAGAGGCAGACCAAUCCUUCCGCCAUGGAAGUGGAGGAGGAUGAUCCAGUUCCUGAGAUACGCAGGGAUCACUUUGAGGAGGCCAUGCGCUUUGCUCGACGCUCUGUCAGUGACAAUGACAUCAGGAAAUACGAGAUGUUUGCACAGACUCUACAGCAGAGCCGUGGCUUUGGCAGCUUCAGGUUCCCAUCAGGUAACCAGGGCGGUGCUGGUCCGAGCCAAGGCACAGGAGGCGGCAGCGGGGGCAACGUGUACAGUGAAGACAAUGACGAUGAUCUCUAUGGUUAACUCGCUGUCCUCUGUGGACCAAACUACAUCAGGCCAUGUUGUACAGGAAAAAAAUCCAAUGUUUAAUGGACUCUUGGCUUCUUCAUUCCUCAGUCAGAACAGUGUAGCUGCACGUUAGACUUCUGUACAGGGAAUGUUUUCUGCAAACACAAAUCUAGACCGGUGUUCAGUUGGGAGGCAGACAGUGAAUUAACAAGGAGGGGAAAUGACUUAAUUUCUGAGAAAUUUCUGUUCUAGUUUCUGUGGCAGAAUCAGCAGCUUUAGCAAAGAGUACAAUGCUAGCCUGUAUAAA